UUUACUAACACGAGGUGAUUUUUUUUUUUCUCCUGUGAAAUCUUGAAUUCCUCUUGCAACACAGUGAAUACGGUGACUCUUCCCGCCUCAAAGCGGAUGGGAUGUUGAACCCUCUUUCUAUUUUAUAGCCAGUUUAUAAAAUUGAAUUUGCUCUUUGGUUUCACUGGAAAUGUCAUUAAAUUCCCAUACACGCAACAAUUUCAGAGCAACUUUAGCUACUACUCGCCGAUUCAAUAAAGUAACUGCGUUACAUACAUGUUCUUGUUCUGAUGAUAUCGACUUUCACAAACGGCUGUUUGCUCGGACUCGGGUUGUUGCAUACUUCUAUUCGUCAUGGUCAUCUGAUACCCGUAGUUCUAUUCCCCGGUUGGCGACGGGAAUGCGUGGAACGAUAUCAUCUGAAUGAGAGGAAACACGAUUCUGAUGGGAUUGGGGAGAUGGAUUCUAGAGAAUCCAGAAUAUUGAGUUCAGCUAACCGUGUUUAUAGUUGGGGUGGACAAAAGUGUAAUCGUGAUGGUUUCGAUAAGUUUUAUGACUCAGAGGAAGAAGCGGGAGAGAGUGAGGGCGAUAGCGACAACGAUUUUAGGGUUUUGGAUUCGUACAUGCAGAGAGAGAGACGUGAAGUUCCUAGAAGAAUUGAGGUGGAUGAAGACGAAUUGAGACACCCUUUAGUGAGGGAGAUUUGCAGGUUGAUUGAUCUUAGGGCAGCAUGGACCCCAAAGCUUGAGUCGGAGUUAAAGCGCUUGUUGUGCAGUUUGAAGCCUAGUCAGGUUUGUGCUGUACUUAGAGCUCAGUCCGAUGAAAGAGUUGCCUUAAAAUUCUUUUAUUGGGCUGACAGGCAAUGGCGGUACAGGCACAAUCCAAUAGUUUAUCAUGCAUUGCUUAAGGUUCUUGGUAAGACUAAGUUGUGUCAGGGGGCUAACCGUAUUCUCCGGCUUAUGGUGCGGAGGAAGAUUGAGAUUUGGCCUGAAGAUUUUGGUUGCCUGAUGGUAUCUUUCAGUAGAGCUGGACAUUUGAGGAAAGCAAUGCAGGUAUUAACUCUCAUGCAGAGAGCAGGAGUCGAGCUUGAUAUCUCACUAUGCAACACUGCAAUUAAUGUUUUGGUGGAAGGGAAAAGGUUGGAGAAGGCAUUGAGGUUCUUGCAGAGAAUGCAGGUGGUCGGGAUUGAACCUAAUGUAAUUACAUAUAAUUGCUUGAUUAAGGGUUAUUGUAAAAUGAACCAGGUUGAAGGUGCAAUCAAGUUGAUCGAGGAAAUGCCUCUUAAAGGUUGUUCGCCGGAUAAAGUUAGCUACUAUACUGUCAUGGGAUUUUUGUGCAAGGAGGGAAGGAUUGAUGAAUUGAGAGGGCUCACGGAGAAGAUGGCGAGAGAAAGUACAUUGUUGCCCGAUCAAGUUACCUACAAUACUCUUAUACACAUGCUUUCCAAGCAUGGUCAUGCAGAAGAGGCACUAGGAUUUCUACGUAAAGCAGAGGAAAGAGGGUUCCAUAUUGACAAAGUGGGUCACACUGCUAUAGUAAAUUGCUUUUGUCAGGAAGGAAGAAUAGAUAGGGCUAAAGAUAUUGUUGAUGAAAUGUUGUCGAAAGGAUGCAACCCUGAUGUUGUGACAUAUACUGCUGUUUUACAUGGAUUUUGUCAAAUAGGAGAGGUUGAUAAAGCUAAAAAAUUGUUGCAGCAGAUGUACAAGUAUGGUUGUAAGCCAAACUCUGUCUCCUAUACGGCCGUGUUAAAUGGGCUUUGUAAGACCGGGAACUGUUCGGAGGCAAGAGAGAUGAUGAACAUGAGCGACGGAUGGUGGACACCGAAUGCUGUGACUUAUAGUGUAAUCAUGCAUGGGUUUCGUCGGGAAGGAAAGCUGUCUGAGGCCUGUGAUAUAGUGAGGGAAAUGAUCAGAAAGGGCUAUUAUCCUUCUCCUGUUGAAAUUAACCUCUUGAUUCGGUCUCUUUGUCAAGUGGGCAGAACAGGUCAAGCAAAAAGACUAAUGGAGGAGUGCCUUAGAAAAGGGUGUGCUGUAAAUGUUGUGAAUUUUACUACUGUAAUUCAUGGAUUCUGUCAAAAGGACGAGUUGGAUGCUGCUCUAUCCGUCCUUGAUGAUAUGUAUUUGAAUAACAAGCACCCUGAUGAAGUGACAUAUACGACGGUCAUUGAUGCAUUAGGAAGGAAAGGUAGGCUAAAUGAGGCUACUGAAAUGACCAAGAAAAUGCUCCACAGUGGUUUGCUUCCUACUCCAGUGACGUAUCGGUCACUCAUCCACCAUUUCUGCCAGCUGUGCAGGGUUGAUGACUUGUUGAAACUGAUGGAGAAGAUGCUUCCAAGGAAAAACUGCAAAGCGGCGUAUAACCAAGUCAUUGAAAAGCUUUGCUGGUUUGGACACAUAGAUGAAGCUUAUAAGCUCUUGGGGAAGGUUCUCAGAACAGCUUCUAGAGUUGAUGCAAAUACUUGCCAUGUUCUCAUGAGAAGUUAUUUAAAGCAUGGGAAUCCUCUUGGAUCAUAUAGAGUGGCUUGUAGAAUGUUUAACCGAAAUCUGGUUCCUGAUUUAAAGCUGUGUGAGGAAGUGAGUAAAAAGUUGAUUUUACAGCAGAAAUUAGAUGAGGCAGAUAGGCUUAUGCUCCGUUUUGUCGAACGUGGAUAUGUCCCAUCCAAGGACAAACAAGCUUCAUUUGGGUAAUGCAGAAUUGAGUCCCUUGUACUGGACCAGGACUUCAAUACAUAAGAAUUGCCUCCAUCUCCCAUAUGAACUUUCUGCAUUGUACAGUGGAACACUAAACCAAGUAUCUGUCAGAAAAAUCUACAGUUGCUCAGUGUCAUGUAAAUUUGCGUAAUAACUUACUUUUUCCCCAACAAUGUGAUACACACGGUUCGUCGUUAUCAGAGAGACUCCAUACAUCAACUCAAAGUCCAAAGUAUACAUUCCUUCAGACAUGCUCAAGAUCACCUAUAAAAGCAUAGGACUUAGCUUCCAAUGCAUUUUUUGGAAUGAAACUAAGGCUUCAGGAAUUCUCAGGUUGAAUAGUAACUUCAUAAUUAUAUGUAGGAUUCAUGUAAUUAUUGUGAAAUAUGAUGGGAAUCAUACAACACCGGGAAAGAGAUUCAGAAGGUGAAAUUGAUGAUUAGUUGAUUUUAAAUUCAUGAUACGUGUCAAA